AUAUUGAUCGUAGCCGGCUGCUCAACAUGGCGCCGGGGGUGGCGUUCGCGAUCGGCCUGAUCCUCGUCGUCGGACAGCUGAAGGAAGGGCCGAGCACCCUUGCGAAGACCUUCACCUUCCCAGAAUAUCCGUACAAGGAGACUACCAAGAAUGAACUUCUCUUCAGGCAAUUCGAGCAGACUUGCGAGGAGAGUGGCGCUUGCAAGAUGCUACAACCAGAAAGGAGCGGUAUCGCUAAAACUAAAUGCAUUCGCGAAUGCGUGUCACCGUCCUGUUACAAAGAAAUCUACUUGUUCGAUCAGCUAGAGGAAGGCGAGAUCGACGUGAGAUUAAACUCUUUCAAGGGUUGCUUCAUGCAGCGCAACGGACGACCGAGAAAAUAACAAAAAGCUCGCAAGCGAAUAAAAGAUGCUGAAAGAAGAGGGCUGAGGCCGGCCUGAGCGACCUGCUAAUGGCGGCGAAUACAAAUUCUGAGCGACAGACGCACCGCACGAACCGCGUCCGACCAGUUGAAAAAAAUAAAACAGAAAGAAAUCACAAAAAAAAAAUAACAAUUUUGAAAAUAUAUUAUAUCCGGCCGGGGCAUUUAGAGCGAUGAGAGCAAUCAAGCUAUUUAGUGAACAUACAACAAUAACAGACAGAAUAAUACUAUAUUUCAGGAUCACGCUGAAGCGCACGCGUUAAAACCCGCGGACGAAUUAAAUUCGUCCUCGAUUGAUCUUUUUCUACUUUUUGUACGCACAUAUUAACACGUUACAAUGUUAUCGAGCAAUGUUGCACGGAUCAAAUAAACUGUUAAAGCAAA